AUAUCAGAGUUUCAAUUUUAUCCAGUAAGAACGAAUGUCAAAGUGUUUUUUUUUCUCAAGAAAAUUCUUACCUUUUCGAUCAAAGUCUUUUGCGAAGUGGAUCACCCUGGAAACUCGAAAAACUCAAAUGUAUUUUACAUUAUUUUCGACGCAUCAUUGAAGAUAGUAUGUAGCUAUCAUUUUGUUUAUUAUUAUUAUUAUUAUUAUUAUUUUCAUAUCGGUAUUCUACAAUCAGUGCCAAAAGGUGUUCUUACUUUUCGACGUUUUGCUCUUCCCGAUAUUUGGAAACCGAAAUGGAUUGAAUCACAAGCACGACUUUGUAAAAUUCAUCUAAGAAAAAAUACCACUAUCGAAGAUAUGCACGGUCUUUUACAAGUUGACUUUGCAAAUGAAUUCAUCGGUGGUGGUGUGAUGAAUGAAGGCAUUGUUCAAGAAGAAAUACGUUUUACUAUUUGUACCGAAAUGCUUGUUAGUGUACUUAUUUGUGAAGUAAUGUUGCCGAAUGAAUGUAUAUUUUUAAUUGGCUGUGAGCAAUAUGUAACAUACAGUGGUUAUGCAACUACAUUCAAAGCUAAAGAUAACUUUAUCGAUAAAACACCCAAAGAUAGCUGGGGUCGAAAAUUGUCUCAUGUCGUAGCUAUGGAUGCAAUUAAUUAUUUGAAUUCUCUCGAUCAGUACACUAUUGAAAAUAUGAGUCGAGAAUUGAUCAAAGCUUACACAUGCUUUCGUAUUCCGAAAUCAAUGGAAAAAUCUAUGUUCGGCAUUGCUACUGGAAAUUGGGGCUGUGGUGCAUUUAAUGGUGAUAGACAACUUAAAGGUAUGAGUUAA